GUAUUUUAGGUGCUUGGCGGGCCGAGAAGACCGCGAAGAUCUGGAUGAUUACAUAGGGCGAGUUGACGAGUCGGACUGACGCAUCCUCCUUCAGCAAUUGUAGGCAUGGCGGAAACGUCGCGACAAGCAGCACUCAGGCGGUUAAGGGAGCACAUCAACAACGGGGAGGCGAUCGUUGGAGGAGGUGCUGGAGUUGGAUUGAGCGCAAAGACACAAGAGGCCGGUGGGGUGGACUUGAUCAUCUUGUAUAACUCUGGACGCUAUCGGAUGGCUGGGAGGGGUUCUCUUGCAGGGCUAAUGCCGUACGGCGAUGCGAACGCCAUCAUGCUCGACAUGGCACGGGAGACAUUGACGGUGGUGAAGCACACGCCGGUGCUGGCAGGUGUGUGUGGGACAGACCCGUUCCGCGACAUGCGCCGGCUGUUGCAGGAGGUCAAAGAUACCGGGUUCACGGGUGUGCAGAACUUCCCGACCGUCGGACUGAUCGACGGCGUGUUCCGACAAAAUCUGGAGGAGACGGGCAUGGACUACGGCAAGGAGGUGGAGAUGAUCCGCAUCGCGCACGAGCUGGACCUGUUGACGACGCCAUACGUGUUCAAUCCGGACGAGGCGACGCGGAUGGCGAAGGCAGGCGCGGACGUGGUAGUCGCGCACAUGGGGCUGACGACAAGUGGGACGAUCGGUGCGCAGACGGCACUCACGCUGGAUGACUGCGUGAAGCGGGUACAGGACAUUCGGGAUGCGGCGUUCGAGGUGAACAAUGAGAUCAUCGUGCUAUGCCACGGAGGGCCCAUCGCGACGCCCAAGGAUGCGCAGUACGUGAUUGAGCGGGUCAAGGGCAUCCACGGAUUCUUUGGGGCCAGCUCGUUGGAGAGGCUGCCCGUCGAGGUGGCAAUGAAGGAAACAACACGAGAGUUCAAGGCCAUUCGUCUGGCGUCUGCCUAGUAUUAUGAUGUUAUGUUACCUCCAAGUCAGUUUAUGCAAUCGAG